CUCAAAUCUCAAAAACGUCCCCACCUCAUUUCCUCUCUCUCUCUCUUCUUCACAACUUCUCUCCUCUUCCAUUAAUCUUAAAUUAAUCCACUCAUGUCCGCCUUAUCCGCUCGCCGCCUCAAAGACCGCGGCGGAGUCGCCGCACCCACCAAACCCGAAAGGAGAUCCUCCAGCGUCGGCAAAGAAAACCCGCCCGGGCCCACUUUCCGGACUUCGGCCCAGAAGCCCACCAUGCGGCCCGUUCCACGUGUCGACAAGGCGGCGGCGAAUACCACCGGCGAUGCGCGUGCGCGGUGGUCCAUGCCUUCUGUGGCGAAAGGUAGGAGCUCUAGCCCUUCUGGGUUUUUUAGGGUUGCCGCGUCGGGAAAUGUUGGGCCGAAGAAUCGGAGGGUUUCGGCGGAUCGGGUCGAGAGGGGUCCGAGUCCGGGUUCGGGUUUGGGCGAGAGGGAACGGUCCGGGAGUGCAGGGAGGAGUUUGAGUAGGGGAAGAGGAUCAGGGGUUAGGGAUUUGGAAGUCAAAGUUGGUCAAUUGGGGGUUAGGGUUUUCAGGGAUUUGAAAGAUGAUGGUAAAAUUGGGGUGAAAAAGAAUGGAACUUGUGGAGAACUGGAAGUGAAAUCGGUGGAGAUUGAGAAGAAUUUGAGUGGGAUUAGGUCUAGGGUUUUGGGCAGUUGUGAUGGAGUAGCUAAUUUGAAAAACCCAGAUGGGGUUGAUGGUAGGGUUUUGGAGAGAUGCAAUAGUGGAAAGAGUAGAAGUAGUGAUAUUGGGAAUCGGGCUGGUUUGGGAUUGAAGGAGUCGAGUGAGAAAUGUGUGAGCAAUGGGAAGGUUUUGGAGGGUUUGAAAGAGAAGGGGUUGAAGGAAGAGGGAAGUAAUGGCGGUCGAGUUGGUAUAAAACAUCCUAGUAAGCUUCAUGAGAAGCUUGCUUUCUUGGAAGGGAAGGUGAAGAGGAUUGCGUCUGAUAUAAAGAAGACUAAGGAGAUAUUGGAUAUGAAUAACCCAGAUGCAUCGAAGGUGAUACUUUCUGAUAUUCAGGAGAAGAUUACAGGGAUUGAGAAGGCCAUGGUACAUGUUUCCAAUGGCUCUGGUGGUAAGGUGUUGAAAGGUAAUGAGCAGGAUCACCAGGACGCCAAAGUGGUUGAGAACGGUCACAUUGAGCAGGUGUGUAAUGUGAAGAGUUCGGUAAAGGGUUUGAAUCGUGAGGACUUGGAAGCUAGACUCUUUCCUCAUCAUAAGUUGAUUAGAAACCGCACAGCCUUGAAAGCAUCAUCAGAAAGUUCUCAAUGUCAAGUAGUUGAAACCAGUUGUGAAUCAAAAGUGGAUGAAAAGACAGUGUGCCUUAUGGAUGAGAACCCAAUUGCUAUAGAGUUUUUGGCUUCCUUGGAUAAUGAGCAAACUCAAGUUACAACAAGGGAUGGACACGAGGAUUUGGAAAAUUGUGAGGUUCAAGCUGUGGAUGGUGCCACCACUGCAGGAGUUGAAAAAUCUUCAAAAAUGGUCACUGGUAAGCAGGAUGAUGAGCUCAUUCUCACAACUGAUGAAACACUUGAUGAGUAUGGUGAUCAGGAGAAUAGACAAGUGAUCAUUGAUGAGGAAACUGAGGAUACUAGCAUUUACCAGCUCAAUGGAAUAGGCCAAAAGACCUCAACUGGUGGGUGGUUUAUGUCUGAGGGAGAGUCAGUUCUUCUUGCUCAUGAUGAUGGUUCGUGCACCUUCUAUGAUAUUGUAAACUCCGAGGAAAAGGCUUUGUACAAGCCUCCUGCAGGAGUUUCACCUAAUAUGUGGAGAGAUUGCUGGAUCAUCCGAGCUCCUAGUGCAGAUGGUUGCUCAGGAAGGUAUGUCGUGGCUGCAUCUGCUGGAAACACGAUGGAUUCAGGUUUUUGCUCAUGGGAUUUUUAUGCCAAAGAUGUGUGUGCUUUCCAUAUUGACGAUGGUUUAGCCCUGUCAAGGACAGUACUUGGCCCCUUGCCCGACAACAUCUCAUACAGAAGAAACACUUUGUCUAAUCUUUUGGAUCCAGAAACUCAACAAUGGUGGUAUAGACCUUGCGGACCUCUUAUUGUCUCAUCUGCCACCUGUCAGAGAGUUGUGAGAAUCUAUGACAUUCGUGACGGUGAGCAAGUUAUGAAAUGGGAUGUACCGAAGCCUGUGUUAACAAUGGAUAACUCAAGCCCCUUGCAGUGGAGAAACAGAGGAAAAGUUGUUGUAGCUGACAUUGAAACAAUUUCCAUCUGGGAUGUGAACUCUCUCAACCCUCAACCUUUAUUAUCUGUUUCUUCUGCUGGUCGGAAAAUCUCUGCUCUUCAUGUGAAUAACACUGACUCUGAACUUGGUGGCGGAGUUCGCCAAAGGGUAAGUUCAGCAGAAGCAGAAGGAAAUGAUGGAGUGUUCUGUACCCAGGAUUCAAUAAACAUUCUAGACUUUCGCAAUCCGUCUGGUAUAGGUCUGAAAAUACCAAAGCUUGGUGUAACAGCACAGUCAGUUUUCUCUCGUGGAGAUUCCAUCUUCCUUGGCUGCCCCAAUGGAAGGUCUGGAUGGAAAAAACAGUCCUCUUCACAAGUGCAACAGUUUUCAAUUCGAAAACAAAGGCUAAUAAGCACUUACGCCUUGCCAGAAUCAAAUGCUCACAGCCAUCACACAGCUAUUACGCAAGUUUGGGGGAACUCAAACCUAGUCAUGGGUGUUUGUGGAUUGGGGCUGUUUGUGUUUGAUGCCUUAAAGGAUGACGGUGUGCCGUCUUUCACCAAUGAUAGUGGAAGCAAUCAAAAAGAUUGUGAAGUCAUUGGCCCAGAUGACUUGUAUGCACCUUCUUUUGAUUACAUGGACUCUCGUGCUCUUAUCAUAUCAAGAGAUCGCCCAGCAUUAUGGAGGCACUUAUCGUAGGUUUGCACACUUUCCUAGCAUAUUUCUUUUUAGAAAGAAAAAAAAAAGGAGUAUCACCAGAAGACUGUUCUGUGUUAUGUAUUUUGUAGUUGCGCUAAGAUGCUUCUGUAAUGUGUUGUGUUAUGUAUAAUAUAUUGCAUGCUGUGUAAUGUACA